CAACCCUAUUCUUUAUUAUGCAUCAAAGCAAUCAACCCUGUGCUUUAAUCUCAAAGUAAAACGACAAUGAAAUAAAUACUUCCGCAUUAGCAGCUAUGGCCAUGAACCUGAGACAUGCGACGUAAUUCGGAGCAGUGGUUGCCGUGGCAACGUCAACCGGAAGUCGCGGUUUCCUUGGGAGCGAUGUAAAGUGAACAGUGAAGCGGAGACGUGGAGUUUGUUUGUAACCUUCAAUGUCUCGGAAAGCUCUGAAAGUCGUUGUUGAACUGUUUUUCAGAUCGGUUUCCUGUCCAGGUGUUCACCUGCCAUCUAAAGACGAUGUCUUCCUCAGCAUGUUCAUCAUGGGCCAGUACGGCCAGUCCGUCUGCCUCCCCCCCGUGUUCCCGCUGCUCUUUCACGAGAAGAUGACUUUUGAAAAGAUAUUUAAAUAUGCCUAUGACCCCGGAGACAUUGCUGUGCUGCUGGAGCAUGAAACAGUUCAGAUCAAACUUCUGCAGGUGACCCCACCAGUGGGAGAAACCCUAGCAUUUUUUGAGGAAAGUGCCCGUCAAUUCUUCUUCCCCGAACCUAAACUGGUACCAUGUUUGUCUGGGGUGGACAGGGAGGUCCUGAUGACCCGGGCGCCGUCCUUCCGAGGCAUUGCACCAAGGUUGGAGUUCUGCACCAGCACAACUAUAAUUGAAUGUUCAGCUAAUGAAGUGAUCAACAUUCACCCUAACGUCUCUCUGCGACCACUUGCAAAGCCGAGCAAAAAACGCAGGGAGUCCGGAAUCCCUUCUCCUCAGAGAGGACGAUCUCCUGUCAGGACACGCUUCAGAGACUCUCUCAGUUCACGGUCCCGAUCUCCAUCACCUGUGAGAGUUGGUAGCUUCCAAAAUCUGGCGAGGCUCAGCCUGGAGGACACCAGCCAACCCAUCUUACAGGUUGGAAGAAGAUACGACAGUCCACCUGAGUCCAUCUGCUCAGAGACAAACCUUCAUAGAAGUUCUUCACCAUCACUGAGGUCUUUCAGAGGACCAUCCCUGGCGAGCAGGACACCGUCAUCGUGCUCUAGUAGAGAUUGGGAGGAGGUCCAUGAGCGUGUGCGGGGGCUCCUUACCGCCCCGAGAGCUGUCCGUAGACUCACUUAUGGAGCUUCACAUGCCGAGGUAGAAGAUGUUUUGUGCAGGAAUGCAAUCUCACCAGGCCCACCGUGGUGAUGGAUCAUGUAGGUCCCUAAGACGUGAUUUUAAAAAUGUUUUUAAGUUGACAAAUGUACCCAAUAGUGUGU